AUGUUCAAAAACCAGACAACAGUGACAGAAUUCAUCCUCCUGGGAUUUGGAGAGUUCUACAAAGUGCAGAAGCUUCUUUUCCUGACUUUUCUAAUGGUUUAUGUUGUGACCAUAACUGGAAACAUCCUCAUUUUUUUGCUAGUUGUCUUUGAACAGCACCUUCACAGCCCCAUGUACUUCUUCCUGGCGAACCUCUCCUUCUUGGAGGCUUGCUGCAGCUCCAAUAUAUUUCCAAGGGUGCUUUCAGCUCUCUUGACUGAGGACAGAAGGAUUUCUUUCCACAGCUGCUUCUUGCAGUGGUAUCUCUUUGCAUCCUUGGAAGCUGCAGAAUGUUGUUUGCUCUGUGUAAUGUCUUAUGACAGGUAUCUAGCAAUAUGUAAACCAUUGUAUUAUGUAACACUCAUGAAAACCUCAACAUGUAUCCACUUAGCAGCUGUUUCUUGGAUCAUUGGAUUUGUAACUGUGAUUAUAAUACCUGCUCUCAUGUUACAAUUAACAUUUUGCAGCCACAAUGAAAUGGAUCAUUAUUUUUGUGACUAUUUUCCACUUCUAAAGCUCUCCUGCAGUGAUACCCACUUGAUGGAAACUGUGGCUUAUUUUGUGGCCUUCGUAUUCACAGCUCCUCCAUUUCUUCUAACUCUUACAUCCUAUGCAUAUAUUAUAGCUGCAAUCAUGAAAAUCCCUUCCACCACUGGGAGGCAAAAGGCCUUUUCCACUUGCUCUUCUCACUUGGUUGUGGUUUCCAUGUUCUAUGGGUCUCUAAUGAUUGUGUACAUGAUACCAAAUACGAUGGUCAAGAGAAACAUGCAAAAGUUUUCCUCCCUCCUGUACACAGUUUUGCCUCCUCUGGCCAAUCCUUUUGUAUACAGUUUGAGAAACAAGGAAGUCAAGGAAGCUCUGAAAAAAAACAUUGGUAGGUUUAUUUUCCUUACAAAGUAUAUUUGA